AUGGCACCAAACGACAGCUGGCUCAACCGCACCAUGAACACCGCCACCGCAGGCAUCGGCAACUUUGCAGGCGGCGUCGUAGGAGCAGUAGGCAAUGGAGUCGCAGGCGCUGGCCGAGGGGCUGGCUCAAGUGCCGGCAACAGCAUAACCAACACAUCCCGCGGCUGGGGCGAUUCCGUCCGCGAUUACGGCAACGGCAUUAAAGAUGCCACUGGCGCAUCUGGAGCGCGAUCAGGAACCGCGGCCAACCCCCUCGGUGUGGCACGCAACAAGGAGAGCGUGAGGUUAUCCAACCAAGCGAAGAAGGGGAGUGGGAGUACGACCAAGGGGACGGCGAACAACCCACUUGGACUAUAA